ACAUGGAUGGCUUCGCGCCCAUACCAUCCCUUCCUUGUCCCAAACCAAAACCCCAGCCUCAUAAAUCGUCCACAUCCAGGCACGAUGCACUCCACGUCCAGAGCGCGCCUCCGCCAUGGAUUCGACCCUGUCAUGCCUUCUUCCUCCUCCUCUUGCCGCGUCGCCGACCCGCCUGCGCCGAAACGGCGUGAGCGCUAGCAUGCCGGGGCGUCAAUGCAGGGCAUGGAGCAACGGCGCCGGGACGAGGAGGAAGAGGGGCGGCGGCAGGCUGCGCGUGGAGGCCCUGUUCGGCGACGGAGGAGGAGGAGAAGACGGGUUCCGGGCGGUGAUGAGGAUCGUGAAGCUCAACUCCGCCAUCCAGAACCGGAGCGUCCGGGAGCUGCUCGAGCUGAUCGCCGACGAGUGCCAGUAUUUCUUGAGGAACCUACCGACCGUCAAUGUUUCAGAGAUGAGCAAGAGCGUGUUCAUGUUUCUACACGAGAUGAUGCUCCGGCACCAGGUCUCGUUCGUGCUCAAGCCCGCGGAGAACGGAGCCUUCGACCUGGGCGUCAAGUGGUCGCUAGAAUGGAAGGGCCAGAAGCUGCCCUGGGACGUAGACUGCACUGUAUCCACGACCCACGUCUACACAGGCCUACUGCUCGUCAGCCAAGUGAACAAGGCAUGUGGGCCGCUCCUGCAGAGAAUUCUACAGAUGAUUUACCAGAAUCUGGAUGCGGUAGUUUUGAUCGUGGCAAACAAGUUCCUACCGGACGGCACGCUGGAUGAGGAGAGAAGCAACAUAAUUGUGUGUGUCAUCAUUGGCCUGGUGGUCAUGGUUCUGUUCUACGCCAUGUUUAACAACUUAUAGGUUCACUAGGGGCAGCAAGGCCAGGUUGAUGCUUCAGAGAAUUCUGAUGCACAGAUACCAGAAUCUCCUGUAAAUUGGUCAGCAAGCACAAUGACUUUACCCCUUAAUGUAAUACAUACUAGCAAAGUAGUUGUUGGUUGCA